ACGGCCAGUGUGUAUUGAUAUUGAAAACAGCAGCUCGCUUAUAGCUGGGAUGUUCAUCUUGUUUAACCAAGUGCAGUUUUUGGACAGCAACAUGUUUGCACAGCACUGCGCAUGCGCCUAAAAGUAUUCUAACUACGCGCUACGUGGGUGGGCGACGUGUUAAAGGACAAACUGUCGGGCACAGCCAAAGGACACGGGACAUUGAAACGCGCUCGUAUUAUUCAACAAAUUGGCAAUGAGAAAUACACACAACUAAUCGAGAAAAAAAACUAUAAAACAAGCCAAAAACAAAAAAAAAAAUCAAAAUCAAAUUACGCGCUGAAUACAAAACAUAUCCACAAGUGACAUAAUACACAUCACAACGAAAACGAGAUUAGCAUUUGUUUAAACAAUUAGUGGCUACACAAACAACAGCAACAUGUCAUCGGCAUCCUCCAGCAAUUCAAGCGGCGAUGAGCCCAACAAGAAGCCCGAUGCCAGCAACGAGGAGAGCUCCCACCUGCUGGAGGCCAACGAGAACGGUGCCAAAUAUGGUUCCCGGCAAGCGGUAAAAAUCAUCAAAGUCCAUGCCAAUGGCAAUGACAGUGCCAAUGCCAGUCCCCAAGAUCAGGAGAAUCUACUUGGCAGAAUGGUGCACACGUCCACCGAGAACAGGUCGAAGACCUUUCCCCAAUAUGUUGCCGCCCUGGCAGCAGCUGGCGGCGCCUUUGCGGCCGGCACACUACUUGGCUGGACAUCGCCGGCAGAGACUAGCAUCGUGAAGGAAGAUUUCUAUGGAUUUGAGGUGACCAAUGAGAACUAUUCGUGGGUCAGCUCGUUCAUGACCCUUGGCGCCGCCUGUGUGUGCAUACCGAUUGGCUUCCUCAUCAACAUGAUUGGACGCAAAUGGACAAUGCUGCUGCUCGUGUUGCCCUUUGUCUUGGGCUGGGCAUUGCUGAUCUGGGCACAGAAUGUGGUCAUGAUGUUUGUGGCACGCUUCAUUCUGGGUAUCGCUGGCGGUGCCUUCUGCGUGACCGCGCCCAUGUACACUGGCGAAAUUGCCCAAAAGGAUAUCCGUGGCACACUCGGCAGCUUCUUUCAGCUAAUGAUCACCAUCGGCAUUCUGUUUGUGUAUGGCAUCGGAGCCGGCCUUGACGUAUUUUGGAUGAGCGUCGUGUGCGGAAUCUUGCCAAUUAUCUUUGGCGUUAUAUUCUUCUUCAUGCCGGAAUCGCCCACAUAUUUGGUUUCCAAGAAUCGCUCAGAGGCAGCUGUGAAAUCGAUUCAAUGGCUGCGCGGCAAGGAAUAUGACUAUGCACCCGAAUUGGAGGAGCUGCACGAAACCGAUCGCGAAAUCCGUCAGAACAAGGUGAAUGUCCUGGCAGCUUUGGCCCGUCCCGUCACCAUGAAGGCAUUGAGCAUCAGCUUGGGGCUCAUGUUCUUCCAACAAUUGAGCGGCAUUAACGCUGUCAUUUUCUACUCGAAGACCAUUUUUGAGGACGCCAAAACUGAUAUCGGCGCCAGCAUGUCAACAAUUCUGAUUGGUGUGAUGCAGGUGGUGGCGACCUUUGUGUCCACACUGGUGGUGGACCGGCUCGGACGUCGCAUUCUGCUGCUCGCCUCGGGAAUAGUGAUGGCGCUCUCGACCACCGCCAUCGGUGUAUACUUCUAUCUGAAGGACCAGAAUGAGGAAAGUGUGGUGAAUCUGGGCUGGCUGCCAGUGGCCAGCUUGUGCAUAUUCAUGAUUAUGUUCUCGAUUGGCUACGGCCCGGUGCCCUGGCUGAUGAUGGGCGAGCUCUUUGCCACCGAUAUCAAAGGAUUUGCGGGCUCCAUUGCGGGCACCACCAACUGGGUGCUGGCCUUUGUCGUAACGAAAACAUUUAAGAAUCUAAACGACGGCUUGGGCAACGGCGGCACCUUCUGGCUAUUCGCUGGCGUUACUCUAGUUGGCGUCAUUUUCGUCUUCUUGGCCGUGCCCGAGACGAAGGGCAAGAGUCUGAACGAGAUUCAACAGGAGUUGGCGGGCAAUCGAAACAAGUCCCAGGUGGAGGCAGCGAAUGGUGUCGAGAAGUAAACUGAGCUCUGUUAAUUUGUAUGAUUUUUUAAAAAAUAUUUUAUUUAAAUUUAACUUUAUGUUAAGUGAAAAGUCGAGUUCCGUUUCCAAUUGAUGAAUUUGUUAGAAUUUAAUGGCACAGCUACAAAAAUCGAAAACAGAUAUAAAGAAAGCAAGUGACAGAGAUAAAGACAUGGAAAAGUUCGAAGAAUGAA